AAUACGGAAGGAAGUUGAUUCUGCUCUGAGUUCUGCAGUAGAAUCGCAUCCCCCACCACCACCAUACCACCCCCUCGAGACUUCUGGGGAGCUCUGGAGUCCAUAACUCUAAAAAGCGAGAGCUUAGGCCACCUAGGCGCGGAGACAGCGGACGCGCACCGUGAGGCCGGGACCCCGGGUGAGGUUGCAACGGUGGCGAGCAUUGGAGGAGCUCAGGAGCCCUAGCUGGGGAACCAGCGCAGGCGCAGCAGGAAACGCCCUGGGCCCGGACCCGCAGGUCUGGGAGCGAAGUGUCUGGGAGGGACAGGGUGGCGCCGGGCCAGGCUGUCCACCCCGCUCACACCUCGCCCUGGACCUGGGAGGGGCGCGGCACCGCCCGCGGGCCUGUCGAUGCCUGGCCCGCCCCCUCCAUGGCCCCGGCCGGCCGCGAGCGGCAGUACGAGAGCCGGUGCCGCCCCUCGCGGUCGGUGGACGCGUGGCGAGCGGAGGCGGCCGCUUCUGGGCUCUGCAUGGGGACGCCGGGGACCCGGCAACGCGCACGAGUGCGCAGAGGCUGGGGAUUACCCCGGAGUUCCUCUGCGCUGGCCGUAGCCGGGCUGCUCGGCACCGCGUUGACCGCCUGCAUCUGCUGGGGACAGUUGCCGCCGCUCCCCUGGGCAUCUCCAACCCCGCCGCGCCCGGUGGGCGUGCUGCUCUGGUGGGAACCUUUUGGGGGGCGCGGCGGCCACCCCACGUCUCCCCCUGACUGUAACCUGCGCUUUAACAUCAGCGGCUGUCGCUUGCUCACCGACCGCGCGGCCUACGGUGAGGCUCAGGCAGUGCUGUUCCACCACCGUGACCUGGUGAAGGGACCCCCCGACUGGCCCCCGCCCUGGGGCGCCCAAGUGCGCACUGACGAGGCACUGGAGCCACGUGUGUUCGACGACCAGGAGGGAGCGGCGAUGCUAGCGGGCGAAGCCCUGGAGACCGCAGGCUCGAGACCCCCGGGUCAACGCUGGGUGUGGAUGAACUUCGAAUCGCCCUCCCACUCCCCUGGGCUGCGGGACUUGGCUAAGAACCUUUUCAACUGGACGCUGUCCUACCGGGCCGACUCGGAUGUCUUCGUGCCCUAUGGCUUCCUCUAUCCCAGAAGCCAUCCAACUGAUCAGCCGCCAGGCCUGAGCCCCCCGCUGGCCCGCAAGCGGGGUCUGGUGGCCUGGGUUGUGAGCCACUGGGAUGAGCGCCAGGCACGGGUCCGUUACUACCGCCAGCUGAUCCAGCAUGUGCCUGUGGACGUGUUUGGUCGAGCAGCAACCGGGAAACCAGUGCCAGCCAGCGGACUGCUACACACUGUGGCCCGCUACAAGUUCUACCUGGCCUUCGAGAACUCACAGCACGUGGAUUACAUCACUGAGAAGCUGUGGCGGAAUGCCUUCCUGGCCGGGGCUGUGCCAGUGGUGCUGGGUCCUGACCGUGCCAACUAUGAGCGCUUCGUGCCUCGUGGAUCCUUCAUCCACGUGGAUGACUUCCCUAGUGCUGCCUCCCUGGCUGCCUACCUGCUCUUUCUGGACCGAAACCUGGCUGUCUAUCGCCGCUACUUCCACUGGCGCCGGAGCUAUGCGGUACACAUUACCUCUUUCUGGGAUGAGCCGUGGUGCCGGACAUGCCAAGCUGUGCAGACCUUUGGGGACCAGGCCAAGAGCAUCCCAAACUUGGCAAGCUGGUUUGAGCGGUGAGGCCACUCUGCUAUGAACUGACUACACCUCCUUGGCUGAGUUUUCUUACUACCCAAUUUUGCUUGAUGGGGAAAAGAUGAGUUACCAGUUAAUACUGUUUAGCGCAAGGAUGGGAUGGGGGAGAUUCCCAGGCCCUUGUGACUUUUUAUGGAGAGCUGGGCUGUCUGUCUGUUAAGGGGCAAUGAUGUCCUUACCUGCCAUCCGUGUGGAGAAGUCAUUUUCCCUUCUGGCCACGGGCCUUCAUGGGGUCCACGUAGCCUCUAAAUCUUAGACAUAUUUGGUCUCUGACCCAUGGUUGGCAGAGUCAAUGAGCGGCAGUCCACUGCUUUUGAAAGCCGGUGGGUGUGCAGCGGAAGAGCUGUGCCCACGAGUGGGUCUUUCUGUGAUGGUUGGAUUCCUCAAACCCUCCAAUCCUGGAAAAGAUAAGCCAUGGAUUCCCUUCACCAGCUAUGUGUGGUCCCCAGCCUGUGACUGGAAACAAGAGGCAAGAUUAUCCUCAGCAGAGAAUCAAGAUGAAGAUGUGGGUGCACCUCACUUCACUCUGGAAACCUCCUGAAAAGCUGCACUUCAGUGGCACCCCAAGUUCAGGGCCCCAAGGGAGUGCAGAUUUCAAUAGAAAUAAAUGGAAAGUCCCUUCACAAUGUGAACGAUCGUCUCCUAAUGGUUUCUUCUGUCUCUACGCUUUCCUAUAACCUGGAGUAAAAAAAAAAAAACAUUUAAGAAUACAGAUAUGAAAAAAGCACACAUGAUCUUCUUGCCCUUUUCCUAAGCAGUGUUUACAACGGAAGAGACAAACAACAACAUCAUGUCCACAGAUGUCUCUCUCUGCUGGACCUGAAACUUAAGCUGGAGUGUUAGUCCUUCGGCAGUGUCAGCAGCGCUGCGCAGAGAGAACAGUAAAAGGGAUUCUGAUGAACUAUGGGUCUGUGCAAAAGGAAAAAAAAAACUUUUGUGGUAUUUGUCUAUGGCUGUUCUGUUUCCAGUUUUUUUUCUUUUGUUGUUGUUGUUGUUAUAUGGAACUGAACUAGUGCCUUCAAAUUAACUGUUCUUUGUUAAAUCUGCAGGUUCCCCUGUGAAUCUGCAUCUCAGUACACUGGUUCUGGUGCCUUUGAGCCUAUGCUGUGGGACCAAUCUUGAAAAUACACCCACAGGCUUUCCAAGUUCAACAGAUGUCAGUGUGCCUACUUGUGCCAAACACUGGGCUUGAGCUCCCCAGGGAGGUACAGAAACUUGUAAGAAGUGCCUUCCCUUGGGGCUUCUAUAAUCUAUCACUGCCUCAGUGAACAGGGAUUUUAGUCGCAAAAAUAAAGCAUCAUUCAUGAAUCAAAAGGCCUCAUGCUAGGAUCUUCGAUCACUGUUAUGGGCAGGGUCCAAGGUAAUUAUCUUUAUGCAGAAUUCUGCUGUUCCGUUAGGACAGUUUUCUGAGUUCAAGUGCUUUUACACGAAAGCUUGUAAAGCCCACAUAGGCCCAGGUGCUUCUAUUCUCUGCCUUCCAUAAAGGGAGUAAUUAAAGGCAUGAAUAACAUUUCCUCCUUCAAGUGUUACAGUGUGGGCUCAACUAAAUUACAGAGCACCAGCCACCUCGCAAAGGCAAAACGAAAGCUCUGGGUUUUGCUUGUUCUGGCUUUUCAAUAUAGGGUUUUUCUGUACAGUCCUGGAACUCUCAUUGUAGACCAGGCUGGCCUCGAACUCAGAGGUCUACCAGCCCCUGCCUCCCGAGGACAAGGAUUAAAGGUGUGCAUCACCACACCCAGCUUACAAGUUCUGCUUUUAAAUGAGUAUUGAUGAAAUAUUGGCCAGGGGUCUCAGUGUAUUUGGGAUCUACACUGCGCAGUGGGGGAGAGUUUAGAACUUAGUAAUCUGCUAAGCUUUGCCUUCCAGCUGGGGGGACACCAGGCCGAGGAAUGACCCUGAGCACAGAGGUAAGGAAGUAGUGAUACCUCACAUGUAUCAAGCAGCUGGUCAAAUAAUGUGUUCAUAAGCAUGUUUCCUUCCCUUGCAGUGAUUGUAGGAUGCCCUCAUAUGCAUCUUACAUUCCUUGAAACUAAAUAUCAAGAUCUAUUUCAGAAGCAAUCUGACAAAAGGAAGGCUAGUCUUACCAUAUCGUGUAUUUCAAGUAAGUUCUUGAAGCUGAGCCGUAUUUCAGCAGCAUACGAUUCCUACUAAGCUUGUAUUUUCAGACUAGAAGUGCCUGUGGGUUUUUUCCUGAAAAAAAAAUUGUUUUGGUAAAGCUCUGCAAUUAAAUUGUUAUGGAUUGUUUCACCUAUACAUUUUGCAUUAAAUCAUAUAAAAUUAA